AUGGCUAUCCUGCAAUCCUCUACAUACGGAAAAGACAACGUCAAGUUUCUCAAGGUCAAGAAAGACCCCUCGAACCCCAAGGUCCACGAGGUGAUGGAGGCAACUGUCAAGGUUCUUUUUGUUGGAGACUUUGACGUUGCCUACACCAAGGCCGACAACGCUCCUAUCGUUCCAACCGACACGAUCAAAAACACGAUUCUCGUUGAGGCCAAAAAGUUUGACGUGUUUCCUAUCGAGGGUUUCGUUGCUCAUCUUGGUCUGCACUUUAUCAACAAGUACUCUCACGUCAGCGGCGUGGACAUUGAGAUUUUCCAGCACAGAUGGACCAAGUACCCUGUCAACGGCAAAAUUCACGAUCACUCGUUUGUGAAGGACGGCGAGGAGCUCAGAACCGCUUCGCUGAAGUACAAACGCUCCGGAGAGUUUGUUCUCAAGUCUGGAAUCAAGGACUUGACUGUUCUCAAGUCGACCGGGUCCAUGUUCUACGGAUUCAACCAGUGUGAUUACACCACCCUCAAGCCUACCACCGACCGGAUCUUGUCUACGGACGUCGACUCCGUCUGGGAGUGGGACUCCAAAAAGAUCGGCUCGCUACAGAACGUCAUUUCGCAAGCAAGAGCAGGUCUCUUUGAUUCCGCAUACAAGAGUGCCAGAGAAACCACUCUGAACCUGUUUGCACUUGAGAAUUCAGCCUCUGUGCAAGCCACCAUGUACAACAUGUGUGAGGAAAUUCUGAGGCUGGUUCCCCUGGUCAGUACCGUCUCGUACAGUCUUCCUAACAAGCACUACUUCCUGUUCGACUUUAGUUGGAAGGGUCUGGAGAACGACAACGAGUUGUUCUAUCCAUCUCCGCAUCCAAACGGGCUAAUCAAGUGCACUGUUGGCAGAGAGAAGAAGGCCAAAUUCUAA